GUUGCAUUAAAAAAAUGAUCUUUCAUAAAAAUAUUAAUUCAUUAAUGAUAAUUUUAUUAAUAAUAGUUUUUUGUCUAUUCACAAAAUGUUCAUCAAAUAUUGAAAAUAAAUUGAAUUUUACAAAAGUGGAAAAUUUAAUUCAUACCAUUCAAUAUAAACAACUGCAAAAAAUUUCCUUAUCCACAGAGAGGGCGAUAAAGAGAAAUUUUUCAAAUCCAUGUUAUGGAGAAUUAUAUGAAUUUAUAAAAUCAAUGAGAAAUGGCGAACAAUGGACAUUUAAAAUGGCAGAUGCAACAUCUAAAUUACAACCAGGAAUAUAUAUUGGCAAUAUUAUUGAUUUGGGAAUGUACGAUGAGUGUUUGUCAAUAAACGUAAAUAAAAAUGGAUCUUUAAUUCGCGGACGUCAUUGUAUGUACUCACUUUCAACGAAUAUAAAAGAAUUAAAACCAUUAUUUUCAAUUUGUGUUCCAUCAGUUUGUAAUGCAACUGAUAUUAAUCGACUAUUAAAUUUAAUAAUUAAUAAUAUGACUGAUAUUCAUGAGAUUGGAAUAAAAUUAGAAUCCACAACGUGUUCAAGAAUUGAUUCAUUGGAUUGGUCACAAGGAAGCAUAAUAGCUUUAACAUUUAUUACCAUUUAUGUAACUAUUUUAAUUGGAUGUACAAUAAUUGAUAUUUUCUAUGGUACUAGAGAUGGUAAUAAUAAUGUAAUAAAAAAAUUAGUAAGUUUCUCAUUACGUCGAAGUUGUUGGAAAAUUCUUAAUACAAAAGUUAAUAGUACUUCGAUUCCUGUACUCAAUGGAAUUCGUGUACUGAGUAUUGCUUGGAUUGUUAUGGGUCAUACUUAUGCUUCACGAAUAGGAACAGUAGUUAAUAAGAUAGAAAUCUUAGAGUGGUAUGCUAGUUGGGACUCAAUAUAUAUGGUAUUAGCACCAUUUGCAGUCGAUAGUUUUUUCACAGUCAGUGGAUUUCUGAUGGCUUUCCAUUUUUUAAAAAAAUUUGAAACUAAUGGAAGAAUCAAUAUUUUUAUGUAUUACCUUCAUCGAUAUAUAAGAUUAACUCCAGCUGUGGGUGCGCUUUUAAUUUUCACAAUAUUCAUUAUACCACACAUUGGUACCGGUCCACUUCGUGAUAGUUACGAGGCCUAUAAUCAAUGUGAAGAUUGUUGGUGGACAAUUCUUUUAUAUUUACAAAAUUUUAUCAACAAACAUGCAAUGUGUCUGGCACAUUUGUGGUAUUUGGCAGUUGACAUGCAACUUUUUUGGUAUUCACCAAUUAUUCUAUAUCCAUUGGCGAUAAGACCAAAAAUUGGACUGUUAAUUUUACUUGCAAGUUUUAUGACAAGUGUCAUUGCAAGUGGAAUAAUCAUUGGAGUUAAUGAAUAUUCGUAUAAUCUUUUGGCUCUAAGAAAUAUGGAAAUGUUUGAAGCCGUUUAUAGAGUACCAUACACAAGGGCAGGUCCUUGGCUAGUUGGAAUAUUUUUCGGAUAUUUGGUUGUUACUCAAGAUAUAAGAUUUUCAAAGAAAAUAGAAAUUUUAGGUUGGAUUGGAACGUGUGCAAGUUUUGUUUUUUGUACUCUUGGAGUUUGUUACUGCCAAAGAAAAAACUAUCAGUACAAUAUUUUUUUUGAAAUAAUAUUUGGAAGUAUUGCCCGUUCAAUUUGGGGUUUAGGAUUGUCUUGGAUUAUAUUUAAGUCAAUUAAAGGAAGCAAUGGACCAAUAACAAAAUUUUUGUCGUUACCAAUUUUUGUCCCUUUGGCAAAAUUGUCGUAUUGCAUUUAUUUGGUGCAUAUGACAAUACAAUUAUUAUUGGAGAGUACAUCACGAGUUAAUAUUUAUUUUUCUGAUAUUCAAUUUAUUUCCAUUUCUUUCAGUGAUUUUAUACUUUCUAUUCCGCUUGCAUUUCUCUUCAGUUUAUUUUUUGAAUCUCCAAUAUUAACUUUGGAAAAAAUGAUAUUUCGAGGAGGAAGAAAAUCAAGAGUUGAAUAUAAUAAUAGUGACAACCAUAAAAAGACGUUGAACGGCUCGUCGUCUACUCAAUAAUAUUUAAUAUAAAAUUUAAACUUAUCUAAAUUAACAAUCAAAAACAAAUGACAAUUAAUUUAAAAUAAAUUACUAAUUGCAUUCUCA